AAUCCCGAACUGGACUAGAGAGGGAUGUCCACGACUUGCUGUUUCAGUCGUAUACUAGUAGAUCCAAACUAACCAUCAUCCAUCUCUCGAGAGGACCGACCAUGGCCAUCGCUCCGUCGUUUGUCUCUCGCGAUCUAUUCGCCCUUUGCAGCACCCAUGCCCCGCCAAUAUAUACUGAUUAUCAGCUACGAUGGUACUCGGUUCCAUGGAUUCCAACGUCAAUAUGCCAACGUUUCUACUAACACGAGUAAUAAUAGUAGCAACAAGGUGGUGGGGGUCAUGAAAAAGAGACCUCGCGUCGACACUGUCACUGGCGUUCGACCGCCGUUGGUAUUCAACCACAAGACUGUGACGGUACAAGAGUGCCUUGAGAGUGCCAUUCUCCAUUGGAUUGGCAAUAGUUCACCAUUAUUGUGGACGCUUGAAAAAUUGAAUUUGCGAGUGGCGGGACGAACCGACAAGGGAGUUCAUGCCCGCGGACAAGUCGUGGCCGUGCAAUUGCCAGAAGAAGCACUUGUGCCACCAAAAGACAACAACAACCAGCAAGCAUUGUUGGAACCAUGGCAAAUUCAACGCGCCAUUCACGGUCGAUUGCCCAUUGACAUCUCCAUUCAAAGAGUCAUUCCCGUGGAUGGUCCCGAAUUGUUCGAUCCGCGGCAUUCGGCAAAAUCCAAGCAGUACAGUUACACCCUCAAAUAUCAACGAGCAGCAUCCAACAAUACAGAAGUCGCCGUAGGAGCCCAAACCUUUCGGACGGCAUUGGAUGAUGCCGCGCCUUGUGUCUGGCUCUGUCCUUUUGUCCUUCAGGACGACAAAUUGAGAGCCGCUUGUCAGGCAUUGCUUGGGACACAUGAUUAUUCCGUCUUUGUCCAUAAAGAGGCUCGAAGAGACAAGGACAAUACACUCACCAUUACACGAUUCGACAUGGAAAUUCUGAAAGAGUAUGCACCGCCAAGUCUCUAUCUGAUUAAUGACUCCAACAACAACAACAACAACAACAACAAACCCUAUGCCGACAUUGUAUUGGCCAAAUUCUACGUCGAAGGAGAACGAUUUCGACGGACCAUGGUGCGAAAUCUAAUUGGAUUUCUCGUCGAAGUGGGAAGGGGGGCACAAACUCUGGACGAUAUGGACCAAACCAUCUGGACUGGAUCCGACCAAGUGGCAGAUCUGAUUCCUGUGGCACCGGCGUCCGGAUUGUGUUUGGAGUUUGUCAAAUUUUAACACCUAUUGUAACGAAAAGAAAAGAAAAGAAAGAAAUGUCUGCCUGGAUAGAAUAGUAAAGAUUCGAUUCUAAGGUAGCCUCUAUCUAGAAUCCUUGAGGGAUAAGUCCAAGAACGGGGAGGUCUUUCGGGGUAUGUGCUUGUUGCUCCCCAUCUCUGUGCCGUACGGUACGGUAUGCUAAUGUUUCUAUUAAUUAAUGCUAACUACUAAUGGUUUUGCUUGUUGUUUUCACUGUUUUACUGUUAUUGUGUUUACUGUUUCUAUCAUUGUAUAUGUAUGUAACAUCCAAAAGAAUAUUGGUUUCGCCUUUGCCGUCUCAUGCAAUUUGGCUAGUUGGCAUAAUUGGCUCCAAAAUCACUUCCAACACCUCGAGAGAGGACUUUGGUUGGCCGUUCAUAUAGAGCAUGUCGCGUCCAUCGCGGACACACGCGCGAAGGUCUCGGCUUAGUUGUUCCAUUUCAAUACCCCAGCUCAAGCCCUCAAAAGGGUCACGGGGAGCAUUCAUGGGCGGCAGAGGAACCGACAAGGCAGGAGGGAGGGAUGGAACAAUUCGGCUUAUCCAAAGAAGGAGAAGGAGAGACCACAUUUUCCAAGCCCAAACCAUUGGCAGCGGCGUAUUCCAUAAAGGCCAUGGGGCGUUCGGGGCUUACAGCCUGGGCAGCAGGUCGGUCGGAUGGAGGAGCACAGGAGGAAUCGUCGUCGGAAUCCGAAGAGGAGAUUUCGCCAUUGGCACGCAUUUCACCGCGAAGCUUCUUGGCGCCUUCGCGCAAGAGCUGUGCGGUUUUCCUGCGAGCCACUUUGAUGCCGACAUCUUCCCAAAGGCCAGUGGCUUCGUUCUUCUUGAGGAAGCGGCCAGGAGGACUCUGCUUUCUCCAUUCCUUGACCAGCUGGUGGGAAAGAAGGGUCUUCAUGUGGCGAGUGUCAUCAAAGCCGAUGUACUUGCGUUGAUGAGCUCGGACCAUGUUGCGGUAGGUAAUGUUGCGGGAUGGUGGAUGGAAGCACCUCCGCGACCACAGACCACAUCGUUGUCGCCUGGCCUGGUAAUACCUGUCAAGGGCCAGCUGCUGUUGUUGCUAUUAGUCGUGCUCAUGUUGGUGUUGGUGUUGGUGUUGUGGAUGUUGGUGUUCAGGAUCUGAAUAAAUGAGGGUAUGAUUUUAGAUUUAGUCGUUGUUUUUGGUUUUGAGUGUGGGAGAUUAUGAGAAGAGGAUGAUGGGCAGCACCCGAUAGGUGCAGAGCCGCUCGCGCGAACUGGUAACCUUUGGUAUACAACCAACAUACACAUCUGUGGUACUGCAAUUGCGUAGAGAAACGGAAAAGUAAUCCCAUUCACUGUUGA